GCCGCUCUGCUCACCCCGACGAUACCUUCCCUUCCCUUCCCCUCCGCUUCCUUUCCCCGCACCACCACCACGACGACCACUCCCAAUCCGCGCGGCGAACUUCCCCGUCCGCCCGCCGCCGCCUAGGUCUAGGUUUCCUCCACCCCCGGCUCCACGCGGCGCGGUCUCGCGGAUUUCUUCCUCCUUUCAGCUCAUCAAAAUCGGCGCUUUCCGCUCCGUUUUCGGGCGCAAUCCGGCCAUUCACUUCCCGGUGAUUUGCUCUGGUUUACGGAAGGUUUGCCCCUGAUUUCCGGGGUAGUACGAGCGAGAGAUUCCCGAGGUGAUUCUGACUCUGCAGCAGGGCAGUUUUGUGUCUGCUAGUUCAAGAAAAGCUCUGCCGAUUUUUUUUCCGGGCGUGAAUCGAAGAUUUCCGGGACAGCACGCGGGCGGCUCCGGGAUUCAUCGAGGGCGAAAAUCCUGCGCGUCGGAUCGACCCGGGUGCCCCGAACACCAGACCGCGCCCGCGCCCAUUCUAUGAGCUUGGCUCUGGUCGUCCGGGCACGCGCGCGCGGGGGGCGCUCGCGUUAAUGCCUAGGCUGUCCUGCGGCUGCAAGUUCGCGGACCCCGACAGCGCGGCGGUGCGGCCGGACACGAUGAGCUGCGGCAGCGACGGGUGCGGCAGUGGAGGCGGCGGCGGGAGCGGGGAGUUUAGGCGGGCGGCGCGGCCGAGCAAGGUCGCGGCCGACGACUCGGUGGAGCCCGCGCGGUGCUCGGACGCCGGGGCGGCGUCCCCCGCGUCCUGGAUUGACAGGAAGCUGCUCGUCGACCCCAAGAUGUUGUUCGUCGGAUCCAAGAUCGGGGAGGGGGCGCACGGCAAGGUCUACAAGGGGAAGUACGGUGAUCAGAUUGUAGCCAUAAAGGUUCUUAACAAUGGCAGUACUCCCGAAGAAAGAGCAACUCUUGAAGAUCGCUUCAUUCGAGAAGUAAAUAUGAUGUGUAAAGUAAAACAUGAUAAUCUUGUGAAGUUCAUUGGAGCUUGCAAGGAACCAUUGAUGGUGAUUGUAAGUGAGCUGCUGCCAGGGAUGUCACUGAAGAACUACUUGAACAGCAUCCGGCCCAGCCAACUAGAUAUCCAUACUGCACUAGGCUAUGCACUUAAUAUAGCUCAUGCCAUGGAAUGCUUGCAUGCUAAUGGAAUAAUACACAGAGACCUGAAACCUGAUAAUUUGUUGCUUACUGCAAACCGAAAGAAGCUGAAGCUUACCGAUUUUGGACUUGCACGUGAGGAAACAGUCACCGAAAUGAUGACAGCUGAAACGGGGACAUACCGCUGGAUGGCCCCAGAGUUAUACAGCACAGUCACACUUCAACGUGGUGAGAAGAAGCACUACACAAAUAAAGUGGACGUGUACAGCUUUGGCAUCGUCCUGUGGGAGCUGUUGACCAAUAAAAUGCCAUUCGAAGGCAUGUCGAAUCUACAAGCUGCAUAUGCUGCAGCUUUUAAACAAGUACGCCCAGCUUUUCCCGAGGAGACCCCCAAGGAUCUUGCGUUCAUCGUUGAAUCAUGCUGGGUCGAGGAUCCCGCCAUGCGACCCAGCUUCAGCGAGAUCAUCCGCAUGCUGGAUGCUUUCCUCAUGACAAUACCUCCCCCACCCCCUUCGGAGCCAGAGGAAGACGCGGAGUCAGAAGAUACAACAUCAUCGCUGAGCAGCAAGAGCUCCUCCGUCUCCUCCAUCGUUUCCCGUGCAACAAGCAAGCUCUCGGUCGUCCGCCAUCUCUUCGCCUCGAAAAAGGCAGGGAAUGGGAGGGCAUGAUGCCAUGCAUGUCCUGAGACGUUUCUUCCUUGGCGCUGUAAAGAAUGUUAGCCUAGGUUAAUGAUGAUGAUACAGUGGGAGGGGAUGAUACAAGAGAGGGAUCUUGUUUAGUGUAGGCUUAGCUUGUUUGUAUCGAUGAUACAGAAGAAGA